CCGACCGUCGCCGUCGCGGGGACGUGCGACACCAAGCUGGACGCGCUGCUAUUCAUCAAGCGCACCAUCCAGUCUUCUGGGCGAUGCAAUGCCAUCCUCAUCGACGUCGGCUUUUACGACCCCCCGUCCUCUUCUGAAAUCGACAUCUCGCGCUCAGACCUCCUCGGCGCCUCCACGCCCGACAUGUCCACACGCGGAGCAGCCAUGACUGCCAUGUCCGAUGCCCUACGCGUCACGCUGCAGAAGCUAUACGAAGAAGGCAAGGUCGCAGGUGCAAUUGGCGCCGGCGGAUCGGGCAACACGAGCGUGUGCGCGGCGGCGUUCAGAAACGCGCUCCCCCUGGGCGCGCCGAAGAUGCUCGUGAGCACGAUGGCCGCGGGCGACACGCGGGCGUACGUGGGCGGCGCGGACGUGACGAUGAUGUACUCGGUCGCGGACAUCGCGGGCAUGAACCCGAUCUUGCGCACCGUCCUCACGAACGCGGCCAGCGCCAUCGCGGGCAUGGUCGAAGCCUCCUGGCAGGCCGCGCGCGUAGAGAAGCGGGGGGCGCAAGACGGCCGGCCGGCGAUUGCGGUGACGAUGUUUGGGCUGACGACGCCCUGCGUGGAGAUGAUGACGCCCGCGCUGGAGGAGCUCGGGUACUCCGUCGUCGUCUUCCACGCGAACGGCGCCGGCGGGCAGUCAAUGGAGCGGCUCAUCGCCGAGGGCCACUUUGCGGGCGUGAUCGACCUCACGACCACCGAGCUCGCGGACGAGCUCGUUGGGGGCGUACUGUCCGCAGGGCCUGACAGGCUCACUGCCGCUGCGCGGGCGGGGAUCCCUCAGGUCAUAUCCAUCGGCGCACUCGACAUGGUCAACUUCGGUCCCGCGGCGACCGUUCCCGAGAUAUUUCAGGGCGCCGACAAGGGCCGCACAUUCGUGCACCACAACCCGACGAUCACGCUCAUGCGCACGACAGCCGAGGAGUGCAGGACGCUCGGAGAAACGAUCGUGAAAAAGCUGCGUCAAGCAUCGCCAGAGAAGACCCGUGUUAUCCUGCCCUUGCGAGGAUUAUCUGGGAUCGACAAGGAGGGAGGGCCGUUUUAUGAUGCGGAGGCAGAUCAAGCCUUGCUAAACGCAAUCCGGGAAGGCGGACUUGAGUGCAGAGUGGAGGAGAUCGAUGCGCAUAUCAAUGAUCGCGCGUUCGCAGACGCUGUGGUAAAGCAGUUCCAGGACCUUUUGCGCACACAGUAGACCAGAUGCCUUAGUUGUACCCUCUCGCACAUACCUCUUUGCCUACAUGUUGAAAAACUGCAUCAAUACCACCC